AUGAGCACCUUUGGUUCCAUGUUCCGUGUGACGACGUACGGCGAGUCGCACUGCGCCAGUGUCGGCUGCAUCGUCGACGGCUGCCCUCCUGUCAGUACAUCGCACCCUGGAGUUCAUUUCUCGAGGAGGAAGCACUCCAACCUGCCACUCACACCGAUUCCAAUGUCACUCUCUUCCUCUCGCUCGCGCCUUGGAUCUGGAACCCGACCAUGUUCUCGUUGCCUCCGCGGCGGCCGCUCUUGACUCGCACGGUCGAACCUCGCACGCCAACAGGGAAUGCCGCUCGGCAACGGUGAUCUCCAGCCCCAACUGACCCGGCGACGUCCUGGCCAGUCUGCUCUUACCACUCCGGUGAGUACGCGGUCACCUCUGGCUGAUCUGCGAUCCGAUCCGAUCCGAUCUGAUCCCCUCCUGACCGCGACGCCCGUAAUCUCCGAACCGCUCCUCCCAGCGCAACGAAGCCGACGAGGUUGCGAUCCAAUCCGGUGUGGAGGCCGGUGUUACCUUGGGGACACCGAUCGGCAUGCUCGUACGCAACAAGGACCAGCGCCCGCACGACUACACCGAGACGGACCACUACCCGCGCCCUUCGCACGCCGACUGGACCUACCUGCUCAAGUACGGCAUCAAGGCCAGCUCGGGCGGGGGGAGGAGCAGUGCACGAGAGACGAUCGGUAAGGCUCGACAGUUCGGGUGACUGCACAUGGAGGUGUGCUCACGGUGAGGAUUUUCCUCCUCUUUAGGCCGAGUCGCGGCGGGAGCUAUCGCCGAAAAGUACCUCAAGCUGGCCCACAACGUCGAAAUCGUCGCCUUCGUCUCGUCGGUAGGGAAAGUACACAUGCCCACCUCCAAGCGUGACGACGACACCGACGACGAGGACUAUCUGGCUUUGCUGAGGAGCGUCUCGAGGGAGACCGUCGACCAGACCACGAUCCGAUGCCCUCACCCCGAGACGGCCAAGGCGAUGGAGGAGGUGAGUUUGCAGACAACUUGAGCACACGAAGGUCGGUACAAUGCUGACGACACUUUCUCGGACAAUAUACAACUUCAAAGCGAGUCAUGUUGGCCAAGCAGAACAACGACUCGAUCGGUGGUACGGUCACGUGCGUCAUCCGCAACGCUCCGUUCGGUCUCGGAGAGCCUGUGUUCGACAAGCUGGAAGCCCUCUUGGCCCACGCCAUGCUGUCGAUCCCCGCAACCAAGGGUUUCGAGAUUGGUUCCGGGUUCAGGGGAACCGAGUUGGCCGGGUCCAAGCACAACGAUGCUUUCAUCAGGAGAGCCGACGGGUCGCUCGGGACCAAGACGAACCGAAGUGGUGGCAUCCAGGGUGGUAUCAGCAACGGCGAGGACAUCUACUUCAAGUGAGCUGUAGGACUUCAAAUGCCCCGGAUUGGGGUUGGAAUGCUUAUUGACACGUGCCAUACUAUCUCUCAGGGUCGCGUUCAAGUCCCCGGCCACGAUUUCGCAGGAUCAGGCUACGGCCAAGUAUGACGGGCAGGACGGUGUAUUGAACACUCGAGGACGCCACGACCCAUGUGUUGUGCCCCGCGCCGUCCCCAUCGUUGAAGCCAUGGCCGCUUUGGUCAUCAUCGAGUAUGUAUUUCCGCGGUUUCGGUGGGGGUAGAGAAUUUCCCGGCUGUGUCAGCUGACUCGAGAUCACACCCUAAUGCAGUGCCGUCUUGAUUCAAAACUCCCGACGCGCUUCCGCUGCUGCAUUGCCGCCGCUUCCGACCGCUCUGCCCCCUUCAAUGUCGCUGCCGACGAAGCAGCAGUACGAGAAGGCCGUCGACGAGAUGGUCCAGAACUGA